AGUACCGAUUGGAAGGUCUGUCCGUUGGGAGCCAAGUGGUGAAGUGCAAGCUGGUCCGGUGAACCAAAGAACUAAAGAACUCAUUUCAUUCCCAGACUCGAAGUGCAGAGUCUGGCUGCAGUAAAUGUAACUCGUUACGACGGCCAACUGGUGAAACGCAGCUCACAGACAAUGACCAAACGAGUGGAACUAAUUCUCUUCGGUUGGAUCGCGAUGGCUAUGCUUUUCCAUAGCAUCGGAGUCGAGGGAAAAGCCACAGUGGAGCAGAUGAUGAAGACGGGCGAGAUGAUUCGAAAUGUUUGCGUUGGGAAAAUGAAAAUCAGUGAAGAUCUGGUGAACGUCUUACGAGAGCCAAGUUUUCCGGACAACAAGGAGCUCAAGUGCUAUGUGAACUGUGUGAUGGAAAUGAUGCAAGUGAUGAAAAAGGGUAAAUUAAACUACGAAGCAUCACUCAAGCAAAUCGAUCUUAUCAUACCGGACGAACUUGCGGCACCAUUGCGAAAUGCACUGGAUAUUUGUCGAACCGUUGCCGAUGGUAUUAAGAACAAUUGCGAAUCAGCCUACGCGGUAGCACAGUGUCUCUCGAAAAACAAUCCCAAAUUUAUCUUUCCUUAAAUAAAAAAAAAAGUCGACUCGUUGUCUGUUUGAUUUACUAUGUAAGGAAAUAUAUUACAGUAAGUAAGUAAUUCACGUGCACACCUACAUAUGCGAAUGCGAGGUAAAAUCUGUUAAAAUAAGCUCAU